CCCCGCUUACCCCACCCCUGCUCUGGGCAGCCCCCUCGUCCCCCCUGCAGGAAGGGAGCUUUGGCGUCUCCCUGCAGUCUGUCUUGUGCGCCUCAGGCUCCUGGCCUUCUACCGAGGACCAGUGUUAACCUCUCAUCUUCCCCCACUUUGCCAGAGCGACUGGAGGGGUCAAAUGCAUCCAGUCCUUUUCUCCCACAGUGGGACAGCACUGACUUCAGAAGCCUUUCUGAGUUCGUGGGAAACUGGGACUUGCCUCCCCUCAGUCCCCUGGGGCCGGGUUCACUUAUCUGAACCCUUCCACUGAUUCAGGGCCUGGAGUUAAAAUUCACUGUCAGAGGUCAAAUGUGACACCUAGAUGCCCUUGUGUCAAAAGGUCCGAGGAGCUGCAGGUGUGAAUGAGGGAAACGAAGUGGCCAAGGCCCAGCAGGCAACUCCCAGGGGAACAGCCCCAACCAUCUUCUCUAGGAUCCUGGAUCGAAGCCUUCCAGCUGACAUUCUGUAUGAGGACCAGCAGUGUCUCGUGUUCCGUGAUGUGGCUCCUCAGGCUCCUGUGCACUUCCUGGUCAUUCCCAAGAAGCCCAUUCCUCGGAUUAGCCAGGCUGAAGAAGAAGACCAGCAGCUUCUAGGACACCUUCUCCUUGUGGCCAAGAAGACAGCAAAGGCUGAGGGGCUGGGAGAUGGAUACCGACUUGUGAUCAAUGAUGGGAAGCUGGGAGCACAAUCUGUGUAUCACCUGCACAUUCACGUACUUGGGGGCCGACAGCUCCAGUGGCCUCCAGGUUGAACCUACCAACUGACCAAGGACCCUGUGCCUGGAUGAUUGGAUGGGUAGGAGGAAAGGGACCCUGUGAUCUAAUAAACUUGCUCUCCCUCGA